GUAGGCAUAUGACAGAUAAAGGGAGACAGGUAGCGCAGGGACACGCAUGCGGCAGCGGAUCGGCUGGCGAUAUUCUGUACAGUACAUACCGCUUUGACGUAACCACGCGCCACACAGGCGGAAAGGCGGGAGACCGUCGCUUCCGCGUAUGUCAAGAAGUCAAGAUGGACGAAAAGUUGAUAUUGUCUGUUUUUAAUUUUCCUGAGCUGUAUAAUACAACUUUGCCAGAUUACCGCAAUGGUGACACAAGAUCACUUGCUUGGGGGAAAAUAAGCUCAUUGACAGCUCUUCCAGCUGAAGAGUGCAAAAGGAAAUGGAAGAAUCUGAGAGACCGAUACUUCAAGGAAGUAAGACAGGAGAAGAGGAGUAAGGAGGAGACAGGGGAGCUCGCUCCAAGCCGAUGGAAAUACAGACAGCGUCUGAUCUUUCUUCAACCAUUCAUUAAACCAAGAAACAGCAAUGUGGCCCCUGCCAACCUGGAAAGCCCUGAUACAAUCAAUAAAAGCGCACAGAGUGAAAUAAUACCUGUCAAAACACUCAACACAGCCCUGGUGAACGACAUGAAAACCCCUAGCACCCAGGUUGGCACCAUGUCACAGCUAGCUUUUGUGACCCAGCUGUCCCCAGGGCAACAAGGCGCCCAACUGUCUUUUCUGGGCAAGUGUCCACCAGGCGCCCAGACGUCCCCAGCACCCCAGACAUCCGCAGUGCUCCAGUCAUCAAUUUACGCAACCAAGGAGAGGCCUCAGACAAGACAACCUGCUUCACCAUGUUCCUCAAGCACUCCCUCUAAGCGCUCCGCUAAGAACAGGAUGCUGCUGGCCAAAGAGAAAGAUCACAGAUCAGAUUCCACGAUCCCUAUCUGGCAGUGUGACGAGGAUGAGAUGUUACUCCUCAGCUUCGUUCCUGCUUUGAAGAGGCUAACCCCACAAAAAAGAUGUGAGACCAAAAUUAAGAUCCAACAGAUUAUGUAUGAGGCGGAGUUUAGUAUGGAUCAGCCAGUGACUGUCAAUGAACCACCGGUGACGGUGUCCAAAGAACUGCCAGAUCAAGAGACGUCAUAACUCAUAUUGUAGGAUAUUGUAGGGUCGACAGGUUGUUCUCAGGUUUAUGUUUUUUUAUUUUGACAAAUCUUUUUCUAAAAUAUAUUUUAAAAUCUCUCUCCUAAUGCACAUGAAUAGGCAAGUUAUUCAUGUUCUAUUUUUGGAAUAUCACAUUUUUGGUGGUAUCAUAGAGAGGUGCGAAAAAUAACUUUUUACAUUUUUAUAGAUGAUCUUCUAAUUUUGCUGUUGUGAAUGCAAGUUCUUAACCCAAUUGAAAAUAAAAUGGGCUGUUAUUCUGUUUCUAAUUUUGAAUGUUUGUCUGGAAUUGAGUGAUCAAAGCCUGACGAGAAACACAUUGACAACCCAUAUAAAAGGUUAAAUUAAUGUUUAGGUAAAGAUCUCUCAGUAGGAUAUAGUAC